UGACUUUUGACAUGAAUCUGCCCACGCGAUAUGUUUUUCAGCAUUUAAUCGAAUGCACUGAUUUUUUGUCACUCGCAUUGGCAAUAACAAACAGUAGUGAAAUCUGUAUGGAGGGCAAGAAGGAGGCGUGGUGUGACGUCAGAGUUCCAGUUUGACAGGAAAACUCCCCAAAUUUGGUGCGGGCUUCCUGCGCUCAGCCUGUCAACAUGAUGCGCCUCUACCGCACGUGUAUCGAAAUUUCGGCGCGCCACCGACAGUGGAACAAUAUUGCCGAAUUAUCAGUGAGGUUUUCCAGCACCAAAGCUGCACCACGGUUCCGAAGAAUGGACUAUCAGGAUGUGGUGUGCACCCUCAACACCCUGCAGACCAACGCCAGCACUCUGGAGCAGGUGAAGAGAGAGAGAGGACAUCCACAACGUCAGCUGCAGGACAUGAGAGGCUUUCUACAGCGAGCAGGCCUCAAGGUAGAAGAACUUGAUCGUCUUAAUAUUAUUCAUGUAACUGGAACAAAAGGAAAGGGGUCAGCAUGUGCCUUUACAGAGAAGAUUUUGAGAAAUUAUGGCUUCCGUACGGGAUUCUACAGCUCACCUCAUUUGGUGCAAGUGAGAGAGCGAAUCAGAAUCAAUGGUCAGCCAAUAGGCAAAGAGCUCUUUACAAAAUAUUUCUGGCAGGUGUACGGACGGCUGGAGGAAACUAAGGAUACUCAUGGUGGCAGCAUGCCCGCUUAUUUUCGCUUUCUCACAAUCUUGGCCUUCCAUGUAUUCCUGCAGGAAAAGGUUGAUUUGGCUGUCAUUGAGGUUGGGAUUGGUGGAGCAUACGACUGUACCAAUAUCAUCAGGAGACCCUGGGUGUGCGGUAUCUCUUCUUUGGGCAUCGAUCACACCAGUUUACUAGGAGAUACCAUUGAAAAAAUUGCCUGGCAGAAAGGAGGCAUUUUUAAGCCUGGGGUUCCUGCGUUUACAGUGAAACAGCCUGAUGGAUCAUUGAAGGUGCUUCAAGAGCGAGCAGAAGAAAUCGGGUGUUCGUUAUCAGUGUGUCCUGAUCUGGAUGAGUAUAAGAGCGAGGGAUCACUCCGGUUGGGUUUAGCUGGUCAGCAUCAGUGCAGUAACGCUUCUCUCGCUCUACAGCUCUCACACACCUGGCUGCAGAGACACUUCCUCACAGAUCCUGAAUUAUCAUCUACAGUAGAGUACAGUGGUGUGAGUCCAGCUCAGGCGUUCCAGCCAAGUCCUGCAAUGAUUAAAGGUCUUGCAGAGACAGAAUGGCCUGGACGCAAUCAGACACUCAAGCAUGGUUCUGUGACGUAUUUCCUGGACGGCGCUCACACCACCCGCAGCAUGCAUGCCUGUGUCCGAUGGUUUAACGAGAUCGCGACGCAACAUGAGAGAAAUGCAGGGGGUACAGUGGUCAGGGUCCUCUUAUUCAACGCUACAGGAGAGAGAGACUGUGCCGCCAUGCUCAAACUGCUUGCGCCCUGUCAUUUCGACUUUGCUGUGUUCUGUCCGAACAUCACAGAGGCCAUAGCAAACUGUAAUGCAGAUCAGCAAAACUUUAAUGUUUCUGUGGAGAACAUGCUCACCCGUUGCCUGGACAACCAGCAAAGCUGGCGCAUUCUGAAUGGCCAGGAAGAAAAGCCGGCGGCGGAGCUUCUGAUCGGGGGCGGUCUGCCCCUGGUGGCGGAAAGGCACAGCGAUACCCUCGUGUUUCCCUGCAUCCUCAGCGCUCUCCAGUGGAUCAGUCAGGGAAGAGACUCGGUUCUGUCAGACCCAAACAAAUGUGUCAUACCUGUUAAACCUAGCAUAAGCUCAAAAGCUGCACCACUACGAGAGGCCGUGAACAUACACGUCCUCAUCACAGGUAGCCUACACCUGGUGGGAGGGGCUUUAAAACACUUGGAACCUGCUUUAAAUUCUUAAUGGAAUUCAUCGCCACCUAGUGCCUAAACCCCUUCAACUCUAUUACACUACACUGUUUUUGAGAUGAAUCCCAAAAACUUCACUGCAAAUCACAAUUGCUGUCAUGCCAACUUGUUCUAGAAUCCAUGCAUUCUAGAACCCGACUUAAAGAGCCUUCGGAGCAGUUCAGUGAGCGUGUGUCUCGAGUGUCUACUUUUCAGAACACAUUAGUCCAACUCUACGUGAGCUGUUCAUGUUUACUUUGUUUGACAUGCAUUGAUUUUUGGAAGUACUUUAAGUGUAUUUUGUUCAUUUUUGUGCUGCUUUGUUGUUAACUACAGUUUUGACAUUUCUUAAAUUGUAGUUCACACAAUAAUGAAUAUUCUGGCAUUGUUUAUCUCCCCUUAUAUCGCUCUGAUUAGGGUAUUAAAUUCGUACUUCUGUGCGAGUUGUUCUCAAAAGGACAAAAGAGCACCGUAAAAGUAGUCCAUGUGACUUAUGCACAAUUUUUUUUUUUAUUAUAUAAUAAACUAUUGCACGAGUUAUAUGCUGCUCAUAUUUUAUGGUGCUUUUUGUCUUUUUUUUUUAAAUCUCCUUCUUUCCUUAUAUGAAAAACUGAAGCUUGGACAGUGUGCCUAAGAUCUCAUUUUGUGUGUCAUUGAAGCAAGAAAAUAUAGGUUUCAGUUGACAUCAAGGUCAGUAAAUGAUGAAAAUGAACAUUUAUGUUUUUUUGAUUAACUUUCUUUAAUCCAAUCUUUCCAUACUUGAAAUACUUUCGAAUGACAGCUUUUCUGUCCAUCUGUGUGUUAGUGUUAGAUUUGUUUUAUUGCUCUCAAAGAAUGGUGCCAUAAAUGAAAAUGACUUUGUAAGUGUUUGCAUAUACGAGGUGUCAAGGUGCCCACGUCUGUUCAUAGUGAAUAAAAAUGUGUCAUAAAGGUUGUGUACAUACAUGGUUAUGUAUUAAAUGAUUGAUGGGUUAUAAACAUGAA